ACCGGUCCGGGGCUCCCAGCGCUAUAAAAACUUUAUAAACCCCCCGGAGCCCGAGCAGUGUGAAGAAGCAGCGAGGACGACCCCCGGCCGGAGCAACCCGCGCGCCGCUGAAUACCCGUGCUCAGCGCCGACGUCCCCUGCCGCCACCAUGCCCAAAAGAAAGGCUGAAGGGGAUGCUAAAGGAGACAAAACCAAGGUGAAGGACGAGCCACAGAGAAGAUCUGCAAGGUUGUCUGCUAAACCUGCACCUCCAAAGCCAGAGCCCAAACCUAAAAAGGCCCCUGCAAAGAAGGGAGAGAAGGUACCCAAGGGGAAGAAGGGGAAAGCCGACACCGGUAAGGAUGCGAAUAAUCCUGCAGAAAAUGGAGAUGCCAAAACAGAUCAGGCACAGAAAGCUGAAGGUGCUGGAGAUGCCAAGUGACGUGUGUGCAUUUUUGAUAACUGUGUACUUCUGGUGACUGUACAGUUUGAAAUACUAUUUUUUAUCAAGUUUUAUAAAAAUGCAGAAUUU